AUGCUCCAGGCUCUACAGACCGCCAAAACCAAACUGUCAAAGUACUACACUGCUACCGAUUACGAGCCAUACGGGGAUAUCUACGCAUUUGCUACAAUUCUUUGCCCAUCCAAAAAACUCCGGUACUUCUCUUCCUCUGAUUGGCAAGGGGAUAUUGACUAUGUUAAACACUACCAUGAAGUUUUAAAACAAGAGUUCGACCGGUAUAAGGCUAGACUCUAUGAGGGUCUUGAGAGUACUGCUUUGGAGGAUCCACCCGGAGAGUCUGCUGAUGAUAGUGACUACGAUUUGGAUGCUAUCUGUGCCUCUCAGAAUCAAAUACCUGAAGAAACAAUACUGCCCCAGGAUGAUGAGAUUGCCAGAUAUCUUGCCCGCGGUAUCGAGAGGCAAAAACCUCGAGUAUAUUGGAAAGAGCAUGAGAGUGAUUUUCCUAUCCUGGCAAAUAUGGCACGCGAUAUCCUGUCGAUUCCUGCUAGCGGUGCUGGUGUUGAGCGAUUGUUUAAUUGUGCCUGCGAUAUCUGCCAUUAUCGCCGUGGUCAGCUGAAACCAAGUACAGUCCGAGCGCUUAUGCUUCAUCAGUUUGCUACCAAUUUCGAUCUUAAGCAGGAGGAGCUGGAUGCUAUCAAAGAAUAUCUCUCCGACAGUGAGGCUGCACUGAUGGAACAAGCCCGUAAACCAUCGCCUCCGCUUGAAAUAUUGGAACCAAUUAGUGACAAUGAGGAGGAUGAAGAUCCUGGGGUAGAGGAUAUACAGCAGUGUAUACAGGGUGCUGGGGAAGAUGAUUUGGAUAAUACUGAGCAACAAAGGCGGGGAAAGGGAAGACAAUCAAGAAAGCGGUCAUCUGAUGAUCUUGGUGAGCAAGAAGACGAUGGCGCCCCAGAUGUAUCAAUAGAAUCCUCCCAGAUGCGACCGGGGCGAGCCCGGAAGCAGCCAAGACUGCCAGACGGGUUUGAGCUUCUUUAG